AUGGCGCAAGUCGGCUGGUACGGCCUGGGCUCCAUGGGCCUGGCCAUGGCCAGCAACCUGCAGCGACACCUGGCCGCCAAAAAGGCACUGAACCUGAUCUAUUCGAACCGCACCAUGUCGCGCGGGGCACCACUGCAAGCCCUGGGCGCGGUAGCGGAGUCGAGCUUCGAAAAGUUGGUGACGCGGUGCGGCAUCAUUUUCACCAUGGUCGCAAAUGACUCGGCCCUCCAGACUCUGCUCUCAUCUGCCCUCGGCUCGGGCCAGUCCCUCAAGGACAAGAUCUUCGUGGACUGCUCGACCGUACACCCGGGCAUCGUGAGCACGGCCGUGUCCCAGCUAAAGGAGAAAGACGCCUCAUUCGUGGCGGCACCCGUCUUCGGCGGAAACCCCAUCGCCGUUGACGGGAAGCUAGUCUUCGCCAUUGGAGGGCCCCGGGCCGCUACGGAGGCCGUGAAGCCGCUGAUUCAGGAUGUGAUGGGACGGCGGGUGAUUGACUGCGGUGAGGAUGCGACUAAGUCCUCGCUGCUGAAGAUUGCCGGGAAUAUCGUCACGGUGAAUAUGAUGGAGGCAGUCGGCGAGGCCCAGGUCUUUGCUGAGAAGACUGAGCUGGGAACUGGUCCGAUGGAGGAGCUGAUUGGGGAGGCAUUCGGUGCCGUGGCAGGCGGAUAUUCCAAGAGAUUGACAUCCGGAGCCUAUGCUCCCCCUCUGGAAUCUCGCCCUGGAUUUGGCGUCUCUCUGGCUAUCAAAGACGCCAAACACGCAAUGGCAAUGGCCCAGGAACAGGGCGUCCAGCUCCCUGGGCUGGAGGUGGCUCGCCACAACAUGGAGGCUGCGCGUGACUAUGCUGGAGAAUGCCUCGACAGCAGUGCUAUGUAUGGGAGGCUGCGCCAGCAGGCCGGGCUGGAGUUUUGGAAUGAGAAGAGCCGGAAGGCUUAG